AUGUCGGAUGUAUUGAAACUCGACGCAUCAUUGGAUAAUGAUAAAAUCGAAGAGUCGGAUAAAAAUAAAUCAUUAGAUAAAAUUCAAAUAAUUGCAAAUCGUUUCAUAACAAUAAAACGUUUAGGUCGUGGUGGAUUUGGUGAAGUUUAUUUAGCUAAAGAUAAAAAUCAAAACGAUUUAUUAGUUGCUAUUAAAUUUGAAAACGCGAAUAUUUCACGUCCACAAUUAUCCAUUGAAAAAUAUGUUUUUGAUAUUAUGUAUGAAAGUAUCUAUAUUCCAAACAUGCUUUAUUUUGGUAUUCAUAAUGAAUAUACUGUUCUUGCUAUGGAUUUAUUAGGACCAUCAGUUGAAGAUUUAUUGAAUUUUUGUGGACGAAAAUUUUCUUUAAAAACGAUUUGUAUGAUUAUUGAACAAAUUCUACGUGCUGUUGAAGCAUUACAUAAUCGUUCACUCAUUCAUCGAGAUUUGAAACCUGAUAAUUUUUUAUUUGGUCUUGGUACAAAAUCGCAUACAGUACAUUUAAUUGAUUUUGGUUUAUCGAAAAAUUAUCGUCAUCCAUUGACAUUUGAACAUACUUUCUAUCGAACUGGUAAAACUUUAACUGGUACAGCACGUUAUUGUUCAUUAUAUACUCAUCAUGGAAUGGAACAGUCAAGACGUGAUGAUAUUGAAUGUUUAUCUUACAUAAUUAUUUAUUUAGCUAAAGGUUUUCUACCUUGGAUGUCAAUAAAAAAUUCGAAUAGAAGAAAACGUAAUGAAAAAUUAAUGGAAAUAAAAGAAAGUUUAACAUCGAAAGAACUUUGUGCUAAUUUACCAUAUGAAUUUGAAUUAUUUUAUAAAUAUUCCAGAACAUUAUCAUACACACAAAGACCAGAUUAUGGUUAUUUAAGAAAUUUACUGAUCGGACUAAUUAAUCGACUUAAAGAAAAAUUUGAUUAUAUUUAUGAUUGGCAUCUAAUGGUUAAAUUGUUCAAACAGAAUUUAGAGGCUGGACGACCUAUUCAACAUAUUGAAAAAAAAUGA